GGACGCCACGCCAAAAAAAGCAAAAGAAGAAGAAGAAGCUGAACAAGGCACUAUAACAGCUUACCCUUCCUUGCUAACCGUAGCUAUCAUGUUGUUUAGUGCGGCUACAGUAUUUACAACCGGUGUUAAAUGAAAUGGAAAGUUGUAGCAAGUAAAUCGAAGCAAUUGGACUGCUGAUUUUUUUUUCCUGUGUGAUUCCGAUUAACCCACUCAAGUCAUGGCGGACUGUCCUGCUCAGCCGACUUUCUUAGCUAACGUCAACGGUAGCUGCGCAACGGGAAGCGUUAGCUAAGAUGUUUUUAGGCAACCAAAUGAACUGCAUACUGGUUUUUCAUGGCCUUAAAUGCAUCAUUGAAUGGGGUUUGAUGCACGAACUAAAGACAUCAGUCAGCAAUGUGUGGUCGCUAAGUUACCGCUAGUCUCCUUGUUGUAGUUGUCUGGCUGGGAUUUAUCUUUUGGGGUACUCGAAGAAAUGGAGAAGCCUGACGUGCAAGGGUGACUACGUUAACCCAGCUAACGUUAGUCCGAAAAUCUUGCUAAACGUGGAUAAGGUUGUUGAAAAUGCAUAAUUAUGAAGAAUUUAUGAACUACCUAGCUACACAGACGUAGCAGUGUAAUGUUAUACUUGCGUAACGUAGAUCACAGCCAGCACUGUAUAACCGGGGUGCUUUUUGUUUUGUGACUAACUUUUCAAAUCCUGUGAUUAACCCUAGACGAAGUCUGAACUGCAGAGUUGUUUUUGUGAAGCUGUCAACUGUGAGAAGGAAUGAUGGCGUUUCGGACUGACCCUGCCCUCCUUCCCAGGUAGGGCAGUGGAGACUCUCCGGCCCGGCCUACUGUUUAUACAUGAUAGGAAGAGAUUGAUCGGUCCCCGCACGGUUGUUGUUACUACUCAUUCAGUUUCUGAUCUGGGAUGAGCUGUCACUGAAGUGAUUUGUUCUUUGGGAAAUUUGAACGAUCACUGUGGACUCGCAGAAAGUUCUCUGAGAAGAAAGUUGUUGAAAACAACGAACUGUUGAACUCGGUGCUUUUAUCUAAUAUCAUUUUAAAGGCCCACCUCAUCAUGUCUGCGUUUGCAGAGUUUGUCCCCCCUCCCGAAUGUCCGGUUUUUGAGCCGAGUUGGGAGGAUUUCUCGGAUCCUUUGGGAUUUAUCAACAAGAUACGACCAAUUGCAGAGAAAAUGGGUAUCUGCAAGAUCAGACCUCCUGAGGACUGGCAGCCUCCUUUUGCCUGCGAUGUGCGCAACUUUCGCUUCACUCCUCGAGUACAAAGACUGAAUGAACUUGAGGCACUAACUCGGAUUAAGCUCAACUUUCUGGAUCAAAUCGCAAAGUUCUGGGAGCUGCAGGGAUCCAAGAUUCGAUUCCCUCAUGUGGAGAGAAAGAUCCUGGACCUUUAUCAGCUCAGUAAGAUUGUGUCGUCUGAGGGUGGCUUUGAGAUGGUGUGUAAAGAGAAGAGGUGGUCUAAGGUGGCCAGCCGAAUGGGCUUCCCACCUGGGAAAGGCACUGGUUCACUGCUGCGCUCCCACUAUGAGAGGAUCCUGUACCCCUAUGAGCUCUUUCAGUCUGGAGCCACACUAACUGGCAUCCAGAGACUCUAUGAUGAGGGAGAUGAUGGAGAGGAAGUUGAUGAAGGAGUUGGCAAAGAGGUGGUGGAGGAGGAGGAGGAGGAGCAAGAUGAUGAGGAGGAGGAGAAGGAGAAGGAUAAAGAUGGAGAGGGUGAUGCAACGCAAACCAGAGAACGGCUUCUGCCUGAGAGGCGCUCCAGGCGCCUUAAGUCUGAGAGAGAAAACAAGGACCCAAAAAGCCUCAAAAUCUUCAGCACAAGUCCCAAGAUGGUGGGGCUGGAGAUUGUGUCAGCUGAUGAUGGGUUCAGCAAGAAGCAGCGUCACCUCAAAGCUCAGGCCUUCGCCAUCAAAAUGAGACCACGCAAGGAGACCCUGGAGGUCAACUUUAUCCCUGAGAUCGACCUCUAUCUCUGCCUGGUGUGUGGUCGUGGCGAUGAGGAGGACCGGCUCCUGCUAUGCGACGGCUGUGACGACAGCUACCACACCUUCUGUCUGAUCCCGCCUCUACAGGAUGUGCCAAAGGGGGACUGGCGCUGCCCAAAGUGUGUUGCUGAGGAGUGCAGUAAGCCCAGGGAAGCGUUUGGCUUUGAGCAGGCUGUGAGGGAAUACACUCUCCAGGGCUUUGGAGAGAUGGCCGACCACUUCAAGUCCGACUAUUUCAACAUGCCUGUACACAUGGUCCCCACAGAGCUGGUGGAGAAGGAGUUCUGGCGCCUGGUCAGCAGCAUUGAAGAGGAUGUCAUUGUAGAGUAUGGAGCAGACAUCAGCUCCAAGGAGGUGGGCAGUGGUUUUCCUGUCAGGGAUGGCAAAAGGAGGCUCCUGGGAGAUGAAGAGGAGUAUGCCAACUCAGGCUGGAACCUGAACAACAUGCCAGUGCUGGAACAGUCGGUGCUCACUCACAUCAAUGUGGACAUCUCGGGCAUGAAGGUACCUUGGCUUUAUGUGGGCAUGUGUUUCUCCUCAUUCUGCUGGCACAUCGAGGACCACUGGAGUUACUCCAUCAACUUUCUGCACUGGGGUGAGCCAAAGACUUGGUAUGGAGUCCCAGCCUCUGCAGCAGAGCAGCUGGAGGCCGUAAUGAAGAAGCUGGCUCCAGAGCUGUUUGACUCCCAGCCUGAUCUCCUCCAUCAACUGGUCACCAUCAUGAAUCCCAAUGUCCUCAUGGAGCAUGGUGUCCCUGUGUACAGGACCAAUCAGUGUGCAGGGGAGUUUGUGGUAACCUUCCCCAGGGCCUACCACAGCGGCUUCAACCAGGGCUACAACUUUGCAGAGGCUGUUAAUUUCUGCACAGCUGACUGGUUACCUAUGGGUCGUCAAUGUGUGGCCCAUUACCGACGGCUGCACCGCUACUGUGUGUUCUCCCACGAGGAGCUGCUGUGCAAGAUGGCUGCUGAUCCAGAGAGCCUUGAUGUGGAACUGGCUGCUGCUGUAUUCAAGGAACUGGGCUAUAUGAUGGAGGAGGAGACAAAACUCAGAAAAGCUGUUGAAGAAAUGGGAGUGUUGUCCUCAGAGCAGGAGGUUUUUGAACUGGUCCCUGAUGAUGAGCGCCAGUGCCACAAGUGUAAGACAACCUGUUUCCUGUCUGCACUGACCUGUUCUUGCAGCCCUGAUCGUCUGGUCUGUCUGCACCAUGCAGCAGAUCUCUGCGACUGCCCACUUGGCAACAAGUGUCUCCGUUAUCGCUAUGACCUGGAGGAGUUUCCAUCCAUGCUGUAUGGUGUCAAGGCACGGGCACAGUCAUAUGACACAUGGGCAAAGAGGGUCACCGAGGCCUUGGCUGCAGACCAGAAGAACAAGAAAGAUCUUAUCGAGCUCAAGGUUUUACUGGAAGAUGCAGAGGACAGGAAGUAUCCUGAGAAUGCUCUGUUUCGUCAGCUUAGGGAGAUGGUCAAAGAGGCGGAGACAUGCUCUUCUGUCGCCCAGCUGCUACUCAGCCGAAAGCAGAGACACAGCAGCCGUCUGCGUUCUGAGAGCAGUCGUAAUCGUACUAAACUGACAGUGGACGAGCUUAAGGCCUUCGUGGACCAGCUCUACAGACUGCCCUGCAUCAUUAGCCAGGCCCGACAAGUCAAAGAGUUAUUGGAGAAUGUGGAGGACUUCCACGAGCGAGCCCAGGUGGCGCUGUUAGAUGAGAUGCCAGAUUCCUCCAAGCUGCAGGCACUAUUGGACCUGGGCAGUGGCCUGGACGUUGAACUGCCUGAGCUGCCCCGACUCAAGCAGGAACUCCAGCAGGCCCGCUGGCUUGAUGAGGUGCAUGUCACUCUGGCUGAGCCCCACCGAGUCACUCUGGAGCUGAUGAAGAGGCUGAUAGACUCUGGGGUGGGUCUGGCUCCCCACCAUGCUGUGGAGAAAGCCAUGGCCGAACUGCAAGAGAUCCUCACCGUCUCAGAGAGAUGGGAGGAUAAAGCUCGUGCCUGCCUGCAGGCCAGGCCUCGACACAGCAUGGUGACCUUGGAGAGCAUUGUGUUGGAAGCUAGGAACAUCCCAGCGUACCUACCCAAUGUGUUGGCCCUUCGAGAGGCCCUGCAGAAGGCCAAGGAGUGGACCGCCAAGGUGGAAGCCAUCCAGAGUGGCAGCAGCUAUGCUUACCUGGAGCAGCUGGAGAGCCUGCUGGCCAGGGGUCGCUCUAUCCCUGUCCGACUUGAUCCACUUGCCCAGGUGGAGUCUCAGGUGGCUGCAGCCCAAGCCUGGAGGGAGAGGACUGCACGCACCUUCCUCAAGAAGAACUCCACGUACACACUCCUGCAGGUUCUCAGCCCUCGUGUGGACAUUGGGGUUUACGGCAGCAGCAAGAGCAAGAGGAAACGUGUCAAGGAGCUCAUGGAGAAGGAGAGGGGAGGCUUUGACCCUGAUACCCUGAGCGACCUGGAAGAGAGCUUUGAGGAGGUGCGAGACCCUUCGACUGUUGUAGCAGCUUUCAAAGCCAAAGAGCAGAAGGAAGUGGAAGCCAUCCACUCACUCCGUGCUGCCAAUUUAGCCAAGAUGGCCAUGGCUGACCGCAUUGAGGAGGUCAAGUUCUGCCUGUGUCGGAAGACGGCCAGCGGCUUCAUGUUGCAGUGUGAACUUUGUAAGGACUGGUUCCACGGAGCCUGCGUGCCUCUACCGAAGACGGGAUCUCAAAAGAAACUGGGCAUGGGUUGGCAGAGCAAUACCAAAGACUCCAAAUUCCUGUGUCCACUUUGUCAGCGGUCACGGAGACCGAGAUUAGAGACCAUUCUCUCGUUGCUGGUGUCUCUGCAGAAGCUGCCAGUGCGCCUGCCAGAGGGCGAGGCUCUCCAGUGUUUGACAGAGAGGGCAAUGAGCUGGCAGGACCGAGCACGUCAGGCUCUGGCCACUGAGGAGCUGUCCUCAGCCCUUGCAAAGCUGUCUGUGCUGAGUCAGCGUAUGGUGGAGCAAGCUGCAAGGGAGAAAACUGAGAAGAUCAUCACUGCUGAGCUUCAGAAAGCUGCUGCCAACCCUGACUUGCAGGGCCACAUCCAGACUUUUCAGCAGUCAGCUUUCAACAGAGCUACAUCACCUCGCCAGUCUGUGGACUAUGAUGACGAGGAGACAGAUUCAGAUGAGGACAUCAGGGAGACCUACGGAUAUGAUGUGAAGGACCCAGGCGAAGUGAAGCCCUACCUGUUCUGUGAUGAGGAGAUUCCUGUUAAAUCAGAGGAGGUGGUCAGUCACAUGUGGCCUACUGCCACGCCCUCCUUCUGCACCGAACAUGCCUACUCCUCAGCCUCCAAGUUGUGUGUGCAAAACAUAGGCACACCCAGAAAGCAGCCCAGGAAGACCCCGCUGGUUCCUCGAAGCCUGGAGCCACCAGUGCUUGAGCUGUCCCCUCAGGCUAAGGCCCAGCUGGAGGACCUGAUGAUGCUGGGAGACCUGUUGGAGGUGUCCCUGGAUGAGACCCAGCACAUCUGGAGGAUCCUGCAGGCCACACACCCUCCCUCUGAGGAGAGAUUCCUCCAGGUCAUGGAGUCUGACGACUGUCUGAUUGAGAGGCCUUUAAAGGUCAAGCUUAAAGAUUCACAGAAGAAGAGGAAACGGAAAUUAGAAAGAGCCGAGCACCACCACCUGCUAAUGGGUGCUGCUGGCGCUAGUGGAGCCUCGGCAAUGGGCGAAAUGCGACCGGCCAAAAUCAAAGAACUGAAAAGGGUAGGCCUGGAGCUUGGCCUGGGUGGAAAACCCAAGAAGAAGAAACUUAAACUCAACCUGGACAAGAGCCGAGAGAUGAAGCAGCUGGCCAAACGGCUAGCUAAGGAGGAGAAGGAGAGGAAGAGGAAGGAGAAGGCUGCUGCAAAGGCAGAAGCCAUCAGGGAGGGACUGGAGAAGAGGAAGGAGAAAAAGAUCCUUGAUAUUCCCUCCAAGUAUGACUGGUCUGGAGCUGAGGACUCCAAUGAUGAGAACGCUGUGUGUGCAGCCAAGAACUGCCAGAGACCCUGUAAAGAUAAGGUGGACUGGGUGCAGUGCGAUGGCGGCUGUGACGAGUGGUUCCACCAGGUAUGUGUUGGUGUGUCAUGUGAAAUGGCAGAAAACGAAGACUACAUCUGUGUGGACUGCUCGCGGAAGGCUGCUGGGGCAUGCGGGGGAGGCAGAGGGAUGACCAUGGGGGAGGUAGCCAAGGAGACUAUUGUUUUGCUGGCGACGUCAGCAAUCAGCGGCAGUGCAGAGAGUCUGCCCUCGUCCUCUGCUGCAGCCUCGUGGCCUCACUCGUCUUCCACUUCUCACCUAAAUCCAGCAACUUCACAUCAGCAACAGCAAGAGCCUCAGCAGGGUAGUUAGCACUAAAAACCUGCCUAGGACUGAGUUGGAAUACUGUACCUCACACAGUGAGCAUAACACAAAACCCAGUGUUCAGCCUGGGUGGUUCAACGUGCAAGACUAUACAGCGUCUAGUGGGGAAUGAGUUCUGGCAGAGGAGAGACAAACCAGGGGUGUUUCUAGAUUUAUAGAGCACAAGUAAAAAGACAACUUACAUCUGAAAGACAGUUGAGAAGAGUCUUGCUUUCACUGUGUGGCUCCAGCAAUGACGUUCUCUCUCCAAGAUCUGAAAAGGUUGUUGGUUCACAGACAAGAUUUAGUCCUCAUACAUUAUAGAAACAUCUGCCAGCUACUUUCUGAUCCUUGUCUUUCUCUGCAAUUGGUACACUUAAAGUCAAAUAAACACCCACUUUAAACCCACUGUUUAAAAAAACCAAACAUGUUCCCAGUUGUGUUUUACUGGAUGUCCUGAUCCUCCUGCCUAGUUCUUCAUGUACUAACAUCUCAGUACAUAUGACUCCAGACUAGGAUAAGCAGAUGGUUGUAAUGUAGCAUAAUUAUUUAUAAUGUACAUAGCUUUUAAACAGUGAAAUAAAUGGAUUGUGGCUUUUUUCUUGACUCUUUA